AUGUAUUCAUACCUCGAUAUUCGUUAUCAUUCUUCUGCGCCACACUCUGCUGCUUGCCCAGCGACAACCGAGCGCCGUCGCAAACAUUCAUUAGCUACCACCCACCGCGGCGCCCUCAGCUCUUGCGACUGCAGCCAGAAGCUAUGCAGAUCUAGCAUCUCGUCUUUAGCACUUCCGCUCCUUUACGACAGAGACCGAUUUUUGCUCCGCCUUACCGCCCUCCCUCUGCUCGCGAGUGCUUCUUUGUCCGCCCGCGCCUCCUCGGAACUUCUCCAUGCGCAAAUGCGAGCUUCAUCGUCCGACUCUCCUGAUCCGCCGACAAGCAUCACAUAUCGCCCACCGUCGACCUCGUAA